AUGGUGGCCCACAGCCUAGGAUGGCGUAGCAUGAUGAAGGUGCUCACCAUAGCACUUCUUCUAGUCACCCUGCAGUAUUCCCAUGCCCUGAGUCCUGCCAACUGUGAUGCUUCCGAGCCUUCGGCUGAGAAAGUUCUAGAGCUGAUCAAUAAAGGGCGGAGGAAUGGCUAUGCUUUCCAGCUGCUGCGAGUCUCUGAUGCUCACUUGGACGUAGUGGAACCGGCCACCGUCUACUACUUGGUCCUAGAUGUGAAGGAGUCUGACUGUUGGGUCUUAUCCACAAAAUCCCAGGACGACUGUCUUCAAGCUGUUUCUACACGGCCAUCUGAAAUAGUGAUUGGACAAUGUAAGGUAAUAGCUACAAGAUAUUCAAAUGAUUCUCAAGAUUUUAGAGUGAAUAACUAUAACUGCACCACGAGUUCUGUCUCUUCAGCCCUAAGCAACACCAAAGACAGCCCUGUGCUCUUGGAUUUCUUCGAGGAUCCCGAGCUUUACAGAGAACAAGCCAACAAAGCCCUGGACAAGUACAGAGGGGAGAAUGCCAACUUUGCCUCUUUCCGAGUGGAGAAAGUGGAGAGGGUUGUAAGAGCGAGAGGAGGGGAAAGAACCAACUACUAUGUGGACUUCUCUAUGAGGAACUGUUCCACACAGCAUUUCCCCAGACACCCUCCAGUCUUUGGAUUCUGCAGAGCACUUCUGUCCUACAAUGCGGAAGCCUCCGAUUUGGAAGCCCCAGAAGACACUGACAUCAACUGUGAAGUCUUCAACUUCGAGGAGAAAAACGUGAGUGACAUAAAACCCCCUUGUGGCAAACAUAUGUGCAAGUUCAGUGGAUCCAGGGGUCGACAUCAUAUCCACAAGGCAUAUGGACACGGCCAUCCACCUCCACCAGAAGGAACACACGACUCAGACAGACCACCACAUCAAGGAGGGUCCCUCCCACAGCGCCACUCCCAUAAACCCCCUCAUAAUCACAGUUGUGAGCAUCCUUCCCAUGGACAUCAUCCACAUGGACACCACCCUCAUGGACAUGAGCGUCAUAGACACCAUCCGCAUGGACACCAUCCCCAUGGACACCCUCCUGAUGGACUUGAUUUCCAUGACUAUGGACCCUGUGACCCACCCUCUAAUAGCCAAGAACUCAAAGAGCAGCAGCAUCGGGGCCAUGGCCCACCACAUGGCCACUCCGGAAAAAGAGGCCCAGGUAAAGGGUUCUUUCCUUUCCACCAUCGACAAAUCGGAUCCGUCUACCGACUCCCUCCACUAAAUACAGGUGAAGUUCUCCCUAGUCCUGAAGCCAAUUUCCCCAGCGUCUCAUUGCCAAAUUGCAACAAUCCCCUACAACCAGAGAUUCAGUCCUUCCCCGAGACAGCCUCGGAGUCAUGUCCUGGGGAAUUCAAGAGUGAGUUUCCACAAAUUUCUAAGUUUUUUGCAAAUAUGCCUCCAAAAUAA